AGCAGGGAGCGUGCAGUGCCAGCUCGUGAGCAACCACGGAGACACACCUGUCGGGAGGCAACAGGUGCGCCGAAGUUAGGAUAAAGACUAUUUGACGGACCGAAGGAGGGGGGAGAAAAAAACAAGGAUUCCCGUUGAGCUGUGGCAACUUUUAAGGUGAAGUGCAAGGAUCUUGCCUGGAAAAAUGGAAUUUGAUAGCAUAAAGUCCUCGGCUGCACUCAUCUACGAUGAGUUCAUCCAAAAUGCAGACUCGCGGACGAAGGACUGGCUGCUUAUGUCGUCCCCUCUCCCCCAAACGAUCAUCAUCGCCGCGUACAUUUACUUCGUCACAUCGUUGGGGCCUCGGUUAAUGGAGAACCGCAAGGCCUUCGACCUCAAGGGAGUUCUCAUCGUCUACAACUUCAGCGUGGUGGCUCUCUCUCUCUACAUGUGCUAUGAGUUUGUGAUGUCUGGGUGGGGAACAGGGUACUCUUUUCGCUGUGACCUGGUUGACUACUCUGAAUCACCACAGGCCAUGAGGAUGGCGGCAACGUGCUGGUUAUACUACUUCUCCAAGUUCAUUGAGAUGUUGGACACAGUUUUCUUUGUCCUGAGAAAGAAGAACAGCCAGGUGACAUUUCUUCAUGUCUACCACCACUCGAUCAUGCCCUUCACCUGGUGGUUUGGUGUUCGUUUUGCUCCAGGUGGUCUAGGCACAUUCCACGCCCUGCUCAACUGUGUCGUACAUGUCAUCAUGUACACAUACUAUGGACUGACAGCGAUGGGCCCCAACUACCAGAAAUACCUGUGGUGGAAGAAAUACCUCACUACCAUUCAGCUGAUCCAGUUUGUUAUGGUGACCAGCCACAUCUCCCAGUAUUUCUUCAUAAAGGACUGCCCCUACCAGUUCCCCAUCUUCAUCUACAUCAUUGGCUUGUAUGGCCUGAUUUUCCUGUUUCUCUUCCUCAACUUCUGGUACCACGCCUACACCAAGGGCAAGAGGCUGCCGAAAGUGCUGCAGGCUCAGACGUGGGCGCACCACUCCAAUGGAGUCAUGAAUGGGAACGCCAAUCACGACAAGGAUGAGUGAUGCAAGACGAGGGUUUUCGGGUUGACCUCAUUUACGUAAGCAAACCACUGUGGUAGUGAUUCAACCCCAGUUAGUUUGGACUGUAUAAAUGUUAUUUUUUUUUUUUUUUGUACUUGUAACAGAAAGACAAUCUUAAAACUAUGACCAAAACUAUAUUUAAGAGGUUUAUUAAACAAAGCUGUAGGGUUUUAAUUUGCUUAUUUUGAUUACACUGAAGGCAAAGCCCAUCGUCUGUUUGAGAUUCCCAAAAUAUCUACAUUUUCUGUGAUGUGCGUGGUUAACGAAACAAUUUCAAAGUCUAAGAAACGAACUGAUUAACUAAAGAGCUUCAUCUAUGGUAAGACUUCAGUGGUCUUGGCUGUAUACUGGUUCUGGACCUCCUCAAAGUACUUCUAUUGCUGAGAUCAUUUUUAACCUUUGACUGGAUCUUACUUCUCAGGAGACUUUUAGGACCCCCCCCCCCUCCCUUUUUUUUUUUUUUGUGUGUGCACUGAGGUUUGUUUUUUUUAUUUUUGUUUUUUCACUAGGCGUAAAAUGAAUGUUCCGGGUUGACAUUUUCAUAAUGGUGAUUAGUCUAAACACACUACACACAAUACUUUUUAUAUUUUAUUUAUAUAAACGCAUACAUGCCCAUUCCUCUAUGGCUUGAGUCACAGCUGCUGAUAGAGACAUUCAGUGGAAAAUCACUCUUAACUUGACUCUAACUUAAGAGAUCUCCUAUGAAGCAAUGUUGUGACAAAGAUGCCGAGUGGAAUCCUGAUGGACCACUGUGGUUCUUGUAGGAUCCAAAGCAGAGCUUUAACUGCAGUCUUAUUACUCCGAGGCUGACGCAUAUUGCAAACAACUGUAUUAGGGAACAGUGUGGGUAAUUACACUGUUUUACCAUUUAGCCUUCAGUCAGAAAACAUGAGCUGCUUUCGAGUAUUUUGCUACAUGUGUUGAAGCGCUGUGGCUAACGAGGUCUUCACAUGACUGGAGACUGUGCCUUUGGACUUGGCUCUGUGGAGUAGUUUUGUAUCUGUUAUGAUGAUCUUGAACUGAAAAGUGAAUGUAACACGCUGCUCCUCUGGUGACUGAGGAAAUGGGAUUGAGUUUGUGUGGACAGAGUUCCACUUUUUUUUUUUUUUUUUUAAUUCAGGUGCAAACCCACGAUAACAUUUACAGCGCACAAAUGUGAGUGAACUUUAUUUUUCAUGUUGUUGGAUCCCCUCUUAUACCAAUGGAUAAAACUAAGAAAUAUGUGACAUGUAAUGUUUAUACUGUAUUUUAUAUGUAUUUAUAUGAAAAUAAAUGAACAAUGUACUUUGAA